UUAAGUACAUGGGGGGAUCAUUGAGUUGUAUGGUAUGUGGGAUAUAAUGAUUGGACAUUGAGUUUAUGCAUGGGACCACAUACAAUAUUCAGUUAUGUGGUACUCAGUCUCUGCCUGAAGUAGAUUUUAAUAAUGCACUGGAAACUCACACAUCAGUCACUUUUCAAAGGCUUAUUUUCCAGAAAAGAGAACCCAUGCAAAAAACAUCCAAAAUCAGAAUGGCUGUUGCUUUAGCCAAGAUCAACCGAGGAACAUUAAUUGAAGGAUUAAACAGCAUGUCCAGAUCCUCCAAAUCAGUGGCCAGACUUCUGCAGCCUCAGCUUGCUUGUAGACUUUUAGAGUUAAGGGACAUAGCUCAUCGCCUGCUGAGGGAAGUUAAUGCACCAAAGCAACCCCUCUAUAACAUGCAGGUCAGAAAGUGUUCUUUGUUUGAAAUCAUUUCCUUUCCAGCAAAGACUGCUUUAACUAGCAUAAUGUAUGCUUCAUAUGCAGCACUAAUUUAUUUGACGGUCUGUGUUAAUGCUGUGCUGGAGAAGGUAAAGAUAAUUUUCCAAGAAGAAGAAUCCAUAAGGCAAAACAGAGAGGAGAGUGAAAAUCUUAGAAAAGCCUUUUCUGAGCCUGUGUUUCCUGAAGGUGAAAUCAAAGCAAAACCUUACAGGUCAUUACCGGAGAAGCCAGACAAUAUUUUAGAUCGCCCCAAACUUCCUGCUAAUAAGUUGAGUAAUAAGAUCCAGGUUUUACAUUCUGUGUUUGACCAGUCAACUGAAAUGAAUGAAUGAGCAAAUGUGAACAUAAAUAUCACUGAACAGAGCUUAAGAGUUAUCUAUCUAAUGACAGUUCAUCUGACAAAACUAGAAAACUAGUUUUCAUAUACUGACUGUUCUGCUUUAAAAAAGCGGGGGCAGGGGGACUACUAAAUGUCGUUCUCUAGUAUUUAUAUGGUAGAGAAAAUAAAAUGAAUCUUGAUGUAGAAUGUAUGUAUGACUAUAUGAUAUUUUUUAAUGAAUAAGAAAAUGUACCUUUAGGUGGGUUAGACUUUAUGCUGUGGUUUAUAAUA